GAUCGAUCCAGAACACAUACCGCUAACACAUUGUACACACUCACGCAAGGACAAUGCCUGGCCAUGCGCUGCUGCUCGUGGGCAGCGUGCUGCUGGUUGUGCUGGCGCCCCUCUCGUGCGCCGAUGCAGCAGUAGGCACGGGUAAGAGCAAGAUCUCGGCCGUCUUCAUGUUCGGCGACUCGCUCGUCGAUCCCGGCAACAACAACAACCGGCUGACCGAGGCGAGGGCCAACUUCCCGCCGUACGGGCAGGACUUCCCAGGCGGGAAGGCCACCGGGAGGUUCUCCAAUGGCAGGGUUCCAGGGGACAUGCUAGCUUCUAAAUUAGGAGUCAAAGAGUUCUUACCACCGUACAUUGGAGAUGAUCUUGAACUAAGUGAGCUACUUACUGGUGUCGCAUUUGCCUCUGGAGGUAGUGGAUAUGACCCCUUAACUUCGAUACCCGCGAUUGCUACUUCAAGUACUGGGCAACUUGAGUUAUUUCUUGAAUAUAAAGAGAAGUUAAUAUCUUUAGUCGGAGAGGAGGAAGCGUCACGUGUUAUCUCUCGAGGCAUUUACUUUACUGCCAUGGGAGCCAAUGACAUCGCAAAUAAUUAUUUUUCAAUUCCGCUGAGGCGCCAUCAAUAUGAUCUUCCUUCCUAUGUGAAAUUUCUUAUCUCUUCCGCAGUCAAUUUUACUAUCAAAUUAAAUGAUAUUGGUGCAAAGAGAAUUGGAUUCUUUGGCAUUCCACCAAUUGGAUGUUGUCCUUCCCAAAGAAAACAUGGGUCAAGAGAAUGUGAUGCACUCCAGAAUCAAGCAGCGGAAUUAUUCAAUUCAGGAAUAGAAAAGGAAAUUGAAAGAUUAAAUGUAGAACGAAGUGUUAAUGAUUCAAGGUUUGUUUAUCUUGAUAUAUACUACAAUCUGCUUGAUCUCGUUCAACAACAUGAUUUUUAUGGUUUCAAGGAGGUAACCGAGGGGUGUUGUGGCAGUACCGUGCUAAAUGCGGCAGUAUUCAUUCAAUACCACCCUCCAUGUCCAAACGCUUGUGACUAUAUUUUUUGGGAUAGCUUUCAUUGUACUGAAAAGGCCUACAACAUUGUGAUUGAUGAGAUCUUCCAGCAAAACAUGCACUACCUAAUGUGAAGACACUCUCAUUCUCUCUACCGGAGUUUGAACAAAUACUUCCAUAAUGUGUGAAUGCUACUAGUGUGACCUUUCGAUUCAAACUAUGUAUCUCCAUAUAAAUUACCCCAAACUUAUUUGUGCAACAACGAUUACACAAAAUUAAUCACAUUUAUAUGCACUAAUGUGGGUGUCGAUAUACAUAUGAUAAAAAUUAGUUCGUACCCUAAUUUGUUCAACAGGAGGAGUUGUAGUUGUGAGUGGACAUCCUUUCAACUUGGUGUAG